CUUUGUUCUGAUUGUGUAAAAGGAUCACAGAAUUGAAUGGCUCGUGCAAAAACUAUAUAAAGUUUUUAAACAUUACAUAUAUGUGUUUGCGUGGUAUACAAGGAACAGAGAGAAUUUAGGUUUGACCUCAUAAAGGAAGAAGAAAUGUGCGUAGAGCAGCUUGAGAAACCUAUAACUUAUGACGUAAAACAAGAGGCCGAGAAGAUUCCGGCGACGGAGAAAAGCAGUGAAGCGGCGGAGGGAGAAGUAAGAAAGGAAAAGGUGGUAGCAAAUCCACCGGCAUCGGAAGUAACCAUAACGAUCGGAGAGGCUCUAGACGCGACGGUUCUCACGGCAGGGAAUAAACCGGUAGAGUGGAGUGAUGCAGCCGCGAUACAAGCGGCUGAGGUUAGAGCCACGGGAAGGACCAACAUCAUGCCCGGUGGUGUUGCCGCCUCGGCUCAAUCUGCUGCCACUCUCAAUGCUAGAGCUAACUCCGAGGACGACAAGACUACGCUCGCGGUUGUUCUCACUCAAGUUACUAUCAGACAAACCCGCCACGAGGAAGGACGCAGAGGGAGUGACAGGUGCGGAGAUGAGGAACGAUCCUCACCUCACUAUUUACCCUGUUGGGUCCCUCCUAGAUGGAGAGAACCAAGUGGGCAUGAGACAUAAUAAUUUUCAUGACCUUAAGUAACUAGUGAUGUUCCCCUUUGCACUGUAUACUCACAAUAAUAGAGUUUAGAAAGAGAGACAAAAGAGAGAAAGAAGAGAGAAGGAGGAGAAAACUCGUCAGGCUAUUUCAAGACUGGUUUUGGAGGAUCAAACGGAAUUUGAUCGGGCUGAUAUUUUGUGGGAAGCUUCUUCAGUUAGUGGGUUAGAGAUUCACCGAAGGGAUUUGGAUUUCAACGGUUGGAUCUUCUGUUGUCGGAGUUUUAGUGAAGCUGGUCGUCACAGUUCUUCAACGGAACAGUCUUGGGUGUUUGGUAAAUCCGACGGUGAGAUCUUCUCUUCUUGAGCUGAAAUUUGGCGGAGGUAUUGUUGACUUGUUUAUAUUGGAUUUGUACGGUUGGAUUAGUCUCUGGAUGCCGGAAUCCUUGUGAGCUGAGGUCGUUUGGUUGCUGCCGGUUUUGAAGCUUUGUGUUGCUCUCUUCUUGUUGUUGUUUGUGUUGGAGAUAGCUCUUUGAAGCUAGUGUCUCUGUUAUGUUCUGGUUGUUGAACAGGGAGGACGUGGUUGUACUCACACAUAUUUAUAUAGUGGAUUGUUGAGUGGACUACGGUCCCGUGGUUUUUCCUUCUCACAUCGAGGAGGUUUUCCACGUAAAAGUGAUUGUCUCAUUUACGUUUCCGCUUAUACUAUAUUCUGCCAUCGUCGAAGUAUUUUCUUCACAGGUUCACACAAGGUCAGGGGAACACGACCAUUAGUAUUUCCGCUGCGCCGUGUGACUUUCCCCAACAUACCCAACCGGUGUGGCCGCCUCUGUAGCUGCAGCUGCUCGGAUUAAUCAAGCCAAGUGAUACCCAUUCUUUUCUUUCUUGAGACUCACGUGACUAAUGGUAUCGAGUUGUCAAGUAUGUAAACUAGCUUAUUUGUAUAUAUGUUGAUGUGUAUAAUAAUAUAAGAUUUUGAAACUU